GUGCAUUACUGGCGAAUCCCAACCCGAACCGCCCCGUCAGAGUUACAUUUGGAAACCCGGCUAAUACCAUACAAAAACACUUCAGUUUCGUCGGAGAUAGCGAUAGAAUACGGUUGAUGGGAGGCGGCGGCGGUGGAGGUGGUAGUGGGGGAGGAGGAGGAGGAGGAGGAGGUAGAGAAGGAGAUUGGGAGUGUAGCGGAUGCGGGAACAGAAACUACGCCUUCAGAAGCUUCUGCAACCGAUGUAAGCAGCCUCGCCUCCUGGUAGACAACAAAACUCCUCCCGAUUCCAAGUGGCUCCCUCGAAUUGGCGAUUGGAUCUGUACCGAUAGCAGAUAUAUGAGAGUCCAAGAGAUGAACCAUUCUUGAUUGGCGAUAUUGAAAAUGUUCUCAUAUCCUGUUUUGGGAAUAUAGCUAAACUUGUUUAAUGUGUAGUGAACUAAACUCUGAAGCGGGAAUUAAUUUCUUCAUUUUAAGCCCCCGUGUUUGAGACUUUUUUUAAAAUGCAAAUGUCAUUAGAAACUUGAUUUCUGUAGGUUGAGGUUUUUCACUUUUUUCUGUGUAUUGUCAUAUUGGAUGCGGGUUGGCGUGCGUAUUCUUGGAUUGUUUGCUCUUCUGGCUGGGUUGUGCAUGGUGUGUGUGGGGAAAUGAUCCAAUAGGUUGCACUAACAACAACUAUGCAUCAAGAGAAAAGUGCAAGAAAUGUGGACAACCAAAGGAGGUAGCAGCAAUGCCAGCAAUUUCAAUCCCUGGUGCAACUCUCCCUACUCAUUCGAAUUAUUUUUCGGGGGUACAAGGAGCAUUGCAGCAAAAUACACACAUUGGCUUCAUAGGAAAUGGAGCAAUCCAACAGUCACUGCCUUUGACCUCCCACUGGUCUUUAGGAGCUGGUGAUAAAUUUGGAAGUCAACCUGCUGAUCAUUAUGGGGUGCAUCCAGCUUCUAGAUGGCCUUUGGUUGGGAAUAACAUUUCUGGAGUUCCAUAUGCAGACCAGGCCAACCAACUUCUUGCAGUUCCAAAAGGAUGGCGUCAUGGUGACUGGAUUUGCAAAUGUGGGUUCCACAAUUAUUCUUCUCGAGCACAGUGUAAAAGGUGCAAUGCUUCUAUGCCACCAGCAUCAUCCUCUUCUUUUGGCAGCCCGGCAGUUACAGCUCUUGGGACAAAACGUUUAGCGUCAGAAGAACUUCAUGACUUGGAAAACAAGAGGCUAAAUGCCGGACAUACAUUUGGGCUGCAGCCAUCAUAUCCAGGACUUCAGUCAAUAGGGAGUUCUGGUGGAAGUCAAGUAUCUGGAAUGUAUUCAACCUUUGGAAGUGGAAACCCAAUGGUGCUUCCAAAUUUGCAGGCCAACCUACAGAUACUGCCUGCAGCACCCACACUCCUCGGGAAGGGGGCUAAGCAAUGGCGUGAUGGGGAUUGGAUGUGCACAAACUGCAAUAAUCACAAUUAUGCAUCUCGAUCACAUUGUAAUAGGUGCAAGACACAGAGAGACACAAUCACUCAACCAGUCAGUGUUGCAUAGUUCUCAGCUUUAGAAUGCACUUCGUUAUCUUGUGGCUUCAGGGCAUAUUGAGUUUUUUGCCCUCCCUUUUUCGUGUGACGCUGGAAUUCAGGUUUGCGUGAUUUAGGACGGAGGUAAAGGUUUUCAACCCUCGUUGUGUGAUGACAGCUAGAUAGGUUUUAUUUCGUUGAAGAGUGAGACCCAGAUUAUACUGUGAGCCAGGUACAAGUAUGUUAUUGUUAUUGUUAUCAAACUACUAUGUUUCAGCAAUACAAUAUUUGCGCACUGUUGCGCUCUAUUGACAUGCAUUCUGAUUAUUGUAGUUUCAAUGGAAAUUUAUGAUAAGACCUCAUUUUCUUGCA